CAUCUGGAAUGAUUGAUUUUCUGCUGUAGACGUGGGCCUGCACGUCUUCAAUUCCUUCCUCAGUCUACUAUCUCCGCCAGCAGCCUCGGUGUGUUCCGCCGUCAUCUGUGCCUUCGUGACAUGGAGAAAUCCUGCCUAUGGUGGCAGCACCCCCUUGUCAGACGUACACAGACCACGCCAGAACACACACGCCGUACUGGCCGGCUAGCCUCCCGUCACACACACACACACGGAGAAGACAGCCCCUUCACCCACCCACCCAGAGAGCAGCGUGUUCACUGAGACACCAGUGCAAACACGCUGUCUCUGCCAUGGUCGGCCGUCACCGGCAAAAGCUCCCGCCCGUCGGCCUCCCUUGCCCCGCCCCCCUCACUCUCGGCCAUUGCGCGGCCGAUCUGUCUGCGGAGGAAGUGCAUCUUCUCGUGUUCGCUGCGCAGAGGCUCCCAGUCAAAGUAGGGGACGAGCGCCACGUGCCACCCCAUGGCUCUCAGGAGGCGGUGGCGCGCUCGUGACCAGGCCGUCCUGAGGGAGAGAGAGAGAGAGGAGGUCUGAUUUGGUUCUGUGUGGCGAUGGGUGGGUGGGUGGGUGGGUGGGUGGGUGUUGGGUGACUGACUGACCAUUCUAUCUGAGUGCCGUCCAUCUCUGUGUAGAAGUCGUUGGGCAGACCGACCUACACACACACACACACACACACACAAACAGGGUACGGAGCCCAUAUUACAUGUGUGUGGAUGUACAUCUGUUGUGCGUUGGUCAGUCAGUCUGACCUCGAUGACCACUUUGUAGUGCGUGUCUGCGAUGUGUACGACGAAGGGCGCCGCAUCCACCAGCAAAGAAGGAACCAGAUACUGACACACACACACACACACACACACACACACAGCAGAGAGGAAGAGAUGGAGAGAGAGACAAUGACCAGCACUCAAUGCAUCCAUCCACGAACGCACCCCGGGCUGUGCUGGCUGACCAUGGUCUUGGCGAUGCGGUGGUUGGCGAGCAUCUCCAAGUGUUUCCACACAUCCCUCUCCAGCGCAUUCAGGGCCCUCUCGCCACGACCGCCCUCACACCCACCCUCACUGAGCUCAUCGGCGGUGUCAACCUCCGUCAGAUCAGCAGUGGGAGGGAGGGCUGGUGCCGGUGCUGGUGGUGGUGGUGGUUCUGCUUGCGGCUCGAGCAGUGAGGUGAGGAAAUGGUAGAGGGGCAGAGUGGAUGGAGAGACGUCACCUGCACGCGCACACACACAGACACAGGCACACACGAUGUCGCCCGCGUGGCUCCAUCUCUGUCUGGUUUGGUCUGACUGGCUUCGAUGCGGUGGCAGUGGGUCAUGCUGCACGCGGCGAGCUUCAACAGAGGCAGCGACGAGCCGUCAGCACGGACACGGCGGUGAUGUGCUGCACACACAAACAACACAACACACCACUAUACAGGACACCCGAAGACACUCCCCCCCACUUUUGGCAGCCCUGCCCUGCCGACCCGCUAUCCCAUCCAGGAGCUGGAUGAACGCCGAUCGUGUGUGUGGCGAGGUGUCGUUCCACAGAAUGAGGGCCGACAGCAGCCGCAGCAUAUCGGACAGGUCGCUGGACGCACCGAGGGGGAUCAAAGGGAGACGGUGAGAGAACACGCGAGUCAGCAGGCUGGCAGUCUGACACACGCAGACACACAGACAGACAGACAGACAGGCAGACAGACGGAGAGACGGAGAGACGGAGAGAGAGGGAUCACCACAGCCAAACAGACACACACACACACACACACACACAAGGUUGCACGCUCACUUUGUCGUUGAGCUGCCCGAAGAGGUCGCUGUGUGGGAAGCCCAGUUUGGUGAGGCCGAACGCCACGCGAGAGAGGUCGGCGAGGUCGAAGGAGGCGGGCAGCGGCUGCAGGGCCUCCGUCAGGGCGAGCAGCAGCUGGUUGUCCCGCAGAUCCAUCGACCCCCACACAUGGACCUGACCGCACACACGCGCACAGAUGGCCUCUCGUCUAUGUGAUUGAUGCAUGCCUUGUUCCCCCACCCCUCCCUCCCUCCCUCCCUCCCUCCCUCCGCCACUCACUGACCAGCUGUGCGAUGACUUUGGUGUCGUCGUCAAUGCUCUUGGCCUGCAGGAUGGCUAUGAGUGCGUUGGAGAUGCGACCGAAUCGCCGCCUCUGCUGACCAAACACCGGCCGCAGUCGAGCCAGUGUUGAAGCCACCAGCAGCAGAUCGCGGGGCGGGAAGACAUCCAGGUUGAUACGCGCCUGAACGAGACACACCAACAAAGCGUUGCGUGAUGCAUGCGACACAUGACAUGAGGGGUGGGGGGAACUCACCUGGUCCCAUAGCGUCUGCCAGACGUCUUUGUCUUCCACCCGGCCCCGCUGCAUGCCCUCCAUCAUCCGCAACACCUCCCGCGCCCCAUACGGCCGCACCCACUUCAUGAGGUGCCCCUUGGCGCCCUCACACACGAUGCCCCACCCCCUGCCCUCGCCCCCACACAAGGCCGCCACGUGACACACGAAAUCCGCCACCUCAUUCGGCCCCCAGGCGCCCUCGUCCAUCCCCAGCCUCUUCACGGCCACCGGUGCGAUAGCAUCGAUAAACGGGGAGACAUCCAUCGGCUCUGCACACGACUCAACCGCCAUUCGCAAGCCGGCCACCAUGCGCAAGAGAGUCUCAAUGUCGGCGAACUGGUGCGCUUGGCUUGUGGCGCGAGCCACCAGGGCGUUGAUGAGGUCAGGGGAGGUGAAUCUGAGGUGGGCCAGGGCGCUGAGGCAUCCGGCGAUCACGAAGGGGGGCGACGAGGGGAGGGAGGCCGCCAGCCGUUGUGAGAGCAGAAAGAGGGGCUUGUGGACGGAUUGCGGCGCACAGCCGGCGCGCUGAAACGCCGUCAGCAAGCUGUGCACGCCCUGAAUGAAACACAACAAAAUGCACCAACCAACGUGACUGUCGGGUCAGAUCCCACUCACCCCCCUCCCCCUCCCUGCCUCACCACCGGCGUCAGUUGGCCGAUCUUCGCGGCAUCGAGCGCCUCGCAGAUCUUCCCAAUCCACUCGUCUUUGGCCAUGGCGCGGUUCAGCUUGGUGAGGUCGUUGGCCACCAUGGCCAGGGAGUUGGGCGAGAGCUCGCCCAGACGCGCCAUCAAGUGCACCACAACAGAGUGCGACAGCCGGCUGUCGCGGUCGCCCCGCAUCACGUGGGCAUGCAGCAGCUCUGCCAGGUCCGUUGGGCUGCAUUUGGGUAGCAUUUCGCGGAGCCUCUCGCUCAGAUCGGUCAGCGACGCCUUGACCCACUCUGGCCGCGCCAGGGCGACGUCGAAGGACAUGUCGAGCUCGCUGUUUGGGAACAUCCCCACGGGCCCCUCCUCUCCCUCAACCGUCCCAGUCACCUCACCCCCACCACCACGUGUGCGGGGCUCCAUGGUCAUGGCGUCGGGCACACCAGCAACACCGACCUUCUUGCCCAGCUCCACCCACAAUGGCGGGCUCUUCAUGGGCCGCGGUCUCCUGUAUUUGCUGAAUUCUGGUGGUGGGCGCUGCGUGACAUUCCAAUGGGGGUCUGAUGCCAGCAAAAAGUUGGGCGGUGUGGGGCCUUUGACGUAGAGGGCGUAGAGAGAGACGAGGUCGCGGGGCGGGGCGGUGGGCGUGUGUAUGAGGGAUGCCGAGUGGACCAGGUGCAUGAAGGCCGGGGUGAGGUAGUCGAGCUGCUGGAGACACUGCACCACACCCACCCCACACACGCAAACAUGCCGAAGACAUGCAUCGCAUCAAUCGGCGUGUGCGUGCAACCAACACAGGCAGGUCCGUACCAGGGCGACAUUGACAAGUUGUGAUGAGCUGAAUGUGGGCAGUCUCGGCGCACCAGCCUGCAUGACCAACACGAGAAAGGGGGAAGACACCGCUCCUCCUUCUCUGCACAUGCAUUUGCUUUCGUGUUGUUCAUUGAGCUGACCCGUGUGAGUUUCCUCACAAUGGGCACAAUGAGGUGCCGUCUGCCCUCCUGGCUGCGCAGUAUAGACUGCAGCAACGACGCAUAACCCUGGAGACAGACCGCUCACAUGCACACAGAACAAUCAACCAUUGUGCCACCAGACGCCCUCCCCAGAUAUGCAUAUGUAUGUGCCUGUGCCACCCACUAUCUCUCUCUCUCUCACCUCGGGCCUCAACUCCGCCACAACUCGACUCAGCUCCCGCGCCACCUGCUUCCAAAACUCCCGCUUCUCAACCAUCCUCACGCCACUCCCCUCCUCCUCCCCUCCCCCGUCUUCCACCACCACCACGUCCUUUCUGUGUGUCUUCCUGGGCGGGUCAUCGAUCAGCACGUCCUCCUGGAACCGGACGGCGAUGCUGACGAGGUGCGGCAGAUCGGUGCUGUUGGCUCGGGUGAGGAGGGAGGGGAGGGAAGGGGCCAGUUUGGCCAGGAAGGAGGCGUGUGGGUGGUCGAAACGGAUCAGCGUGUUGCCGAUCAGACAGACGCCUGAUUGAUGUGAUGCAUCCCCCCAUGACAUCAUGCAUGAGAGCGAGCAUCUGCUACUCCGUGUCUGUCGUGUUGGUUACUUCUCAGUGGUAGCUCCUCGAAUUGCUCCGUCGCCCGUGUCACAAGAUGGUGGAGCAGGGCGUGGUUGGGGCCGAAUGGUGGGUGGUGCGAGAGGAUGUGGAUGACGCGGGAGAGCUCCAGCGGAGUGCGGGCACACGCCUGACAGACACACCACACACACGACAGACAGUCACGCCCAUGUAUGUCAUGUCAUCCAUCGGCCUGCCUCUUCUGCUCUCGUGUGCUGACUGACGACUCACCGCUGCCUUGCGUAUGGCCUCCUGGAAAAGCUGCCGGUUGCCGGUCUUACCGUGCCGCACCGCCGCGUCACACAGCGCCGACACCACCGUAUACACGCUUCGGCCCAUCCCAUCGUCGCCAUACACAACGGCACGCCUUUCCUUCACUUUUGUUGUGGGUGGUGGUGGUGGGAUGGCCCGCGGCCCUCCCGCUCCGAAGGUUUCGAGGUCGUAGUGGUCAGGGAUGGAUGUGGCCUCGGACGGCAGCGGGGAGUCGAUAUCCGCUGCUGACCGGAGCAGCGCAUCUGAGCCGCCAACCACACCCAGCAGAAGAGGAGAAAGAAAGAAAGAAAGACAUAUCAGAACCAUCCAUGUGUGUGUUGUGUUGUGUUGUCUUCUCUUCUGUUCUGUUGCUUGCCUUGUGCGAGCCUGGUGCUCUUGAGGUGUUUGCCGUUGGUGCUGAGGACGAUGGGCACCUUCUGCUUGAACCGCCGGUUUGGCCGCACGAAGAUCGGGUCGGACUUGAUGACGCCAGAGGCCCUCUCCGGACCAUCGUCUGCCCGUGGCCACCUCUUGACCGCCGUAUCCUCCCCCUGCGCCGACAUCUGCACGCUGGCUGCUCCCGCAGCACCUGUGCUCGCCGCUGCAGUGGACAUCUGGCGAAAGAGAGGGGUGGUGGACGGCCGAGAGAGGCCGCGGGAAAUCAUCUCGCUCUCUCAAGGCCGCCGGUUUCGUCGCACUCGUGGCUGCCGCGUGUUGUAUGUAAGAGCCUCUGAGUCACCGGCCGCGUCGCAUAUAGAAGAGAUCUGUGUGCCGAGCCCGCCUCACUCAUGCGGCUCCGCCCCCGGCCGCAUUGCCGCCGUCAAUCUCGUCGACGUUGAAGCAGUGUGAGAUGAGGACUGUGUAUAAUACGACGACGAAGUAUAUGGACGAGAGUUCGUCGAACUCUUGCGUGAGGUAGAGGAAGAGGAAAUAGAAAGUUAUCCACAUGGCGCAAACGCGUCGACCACGUCAAGAUCCAUCGAAGAUCAGAGGAAGCGCCUCCUUAUUGCUGAC